UCUGAAAUGAGUGAAGUUUUGUGUAAGUAUUGCAGGCAAGCUUGUUGGCUAACCGAUUCACGUUGUGAUAAAUCUUACUCAGGUUUUUUAGAAAUCAAAGUUGGAAAAGAAGGUGAAAACAAUGAUGCGUUUUUCUAUCGUCUACUGUUGCUUGACGAUAUGAACCAAAAAACAAAGGAAGAAAGAGAAGACAGAUCUCAUAUGUCUUCUUUUAAAGAUGAAGAACGUAAUGACAGAAAAAAAUUUGUUUUCAGGAAAGAAAGGCAUGAAUCUCCAAGUUCAAUAGCGGAAACCAGUAGUACCUGCUACCGAUGUAAUGAACCAGUUUAUCAGGCAGAGGCAAGAAUGACGAUGGGAAAAUUAUUUCAUGCAAUUUGCUUUACAUGCAGAGCAUGUCACAGGUUUCUUGAUGCUAUGAAUGUAACGGAUGGUCCUGAUGGUGAUGCUUAUUGUUACAACUGUUACAAACACAAGUUUCUAACCGAUGUAAACAGACCUCUAGGAGCUAGUAAAACUAAUACUAUAAUGGCCCCUGAGGGAGAUAUUAACAGAUGCCUCAGAUGUUUUGGGAAAGUAUUUCAGGCUGAACGAAGAAUGUCUUCACAUGGUGUAUACCAUAAGGCUUGUUUCCGGUGUGCCGAGGUGGAGUGUGGUCGAUUUCUUGAUUCUGUUUCAUAUUGUGAUUCCGACACAGGCAAGAUCUUCUGUCCAACUUGUUACAACAAGGUUCAUGGAACCAAAGGAUCCGGUCCAACUUUAAUAUCAAACCAAGGAGAACAAGGGGAAAAAUCAAGGAAUGAUUCUAUUGGGCCUCGAGAAACAUCUUCAGUUUUGGAAACAGAAAGUGUUUCACUGUCACCAAAAUGUCCCAAGUGUUAUCGAGCAGUGUAUGCUCCAGAGCGUGUAUUUGUUGGAAGAAAAGUUUGGCAUAAAACUUGCCUAAUCUGCCAAACUUGUUCAAGAACUCUAAACUCUCAGCUAAUAAAUGAGGUCGCUGAUGGAGAGUUGGUUUACUGUCCUAAAUGCUACAGGAACAACAAAGGCGUAGUUACAACUCAACAUAAUUUCGAGAAAUCAACCUAAACGAAUUUUACUGAACUGUAGAAAGAUGAUUUGUGCCUCAGUUCUAAAGCUAUACUAUUUUGGUUUUUUUUUUCAUCACAUAUAAACAAAAACAGAUACCAAAAACGCGUCGGAAUUCUGUGCGUAUAAAGUCGUUUUAAGAAGAUCCAGCUUUUAUUUAUGUAACCAGUGGCCGAAUUUAAAGAAUUUAAGCGGCGGCUUAAAUUUAAGCCGCGGCUCAAAUAUGGUUGGUUCCACUUAA